UUUUGCAAUUUGCAAUUUGCAAUUUGCAUUUGCCACACUCGCUAGAUAUAUAAUAAUUACUCACCACAAGCCCAAAAAGGGCGGUGCCAAAACGAAAAGAAGAGAUAGAAUAGAAGAAGCUACAUUUCAUGCAAUUCACUGAUAUCAUCCCUUACCCAUUUCAUAUUCCAUCACAAAGCACAUAAAUUUACGUUGUUUCUGACCCGUUUUUUUUUACUGUGGCGAGGAUUUUGAGAAUGGUGGUAGCUGCAGGUUCUAAGUUCAAUUUGAGAAGAGGGAACGGUUCUUCUCAUAACGUUAUCAACGGUGAUGGAGAUCUUUCCAGAGUUAACAAAAGUGGGUGUUUCUCAUCAAUGGUAGAGGUGGAUGGAGACCCUUUCUGUGUUUCAUUCACCACUUUCAACAUUCUGGCUCCAAUUUACAAACGGAUUGAUCCACAGAACCAGGGCCUAAGAGAAAGUGACUUCAGAUCAUUCUGGUUGGCCAGGAAUGAAAGGAUUCUGGAUUCUUUGAUUUCUGAAUCAUCUUCAAUUAUGUGCCUCCAGGAAUUUUGGGUUGGAAAUGAAGAACUUGUUCACAUGUAUGAGGAGAGACUUGGGGAUGCUGGAUACCAUCUCUUCAAGCUUGCUCGAACCAAUAACCGUGGAGAUGGUCUUCUUACUGCUAUACAUAAAGAACAUCUAAGAGUUGUGAAUUAUAGGGAGUUGUAUUUUAAUGAUUUUGGUGAUCGUGUUGCUCAGUUGUUACAUGUUCAAUCAGUUGCCCCCUUUGUACAAAACCAAAAAGGCAGUUUUCACCAAGAGUUUCUGAUUGUGAACACUCAUUUGUUAUUUCCUCAUGAUUCAAGUCUAUCUGUAGUGAGAUUGAAUCAGGUUUACCAAAUAUUGCAAUAUGUAGAAUUGUAUCAGAGAGAAAACAGGCUCAAACCUAUUCCUAUUAUACUUUGUGGUGAUUGGAACGGAAGCAAGCGCGGGCAUGUAUACAAGUUCCUUAGGUCACAGGGGUUUGUAUCAUCAUAUGAUAUUGCCAAUCAAUACAGUGAUAGUUAUGCAGAUGCCCACAAGUGGGUAAGUCACCGGAAUCAUAGAGGAAAUAUCUGUGGUGUUGACUUUAUUUGGCUUUGCAAUCCUAACCAAUCACGUAAACCCUUGAAGACAAGUUGGGCUGAAGCUGUAUUUAGCAUACUAAAAUUCCAGUUACGAAAAGCAUCAUUAUCUGAAGAUGAUGCGUUUGCCUUUCUGAAGGGUGAUAACUAUGCUGAUUCUGUGACGUAUUUUAGUUUCUCUGAAGCACUCCGUCAGGUAAAGUUGAUUGGAGUGCCUUAUGGACUAUGCUUUCAACAGUUGCAAGAUCUAUGGAAUCAAGCAGACGUUGAUGGAAAUGGUGUCAUUGACUUUGAAGAAUUCAAGCAGAAGAUUUGGAGUUCAACAUGUCUGGAGCAUGUGUUGGAAAAUUUCAAUGGGUGUAUGGAGGAUGCUAAUACUGAGCCGGAUCAUGAAGCCAUCGGUUUUAAGGUGAAUAAUGCAAUGUUGUAUCCACGUGAAGUGGAGAAAGGACUGUGGCCAGAAGAUUACUCUCUUUCUGAUCAUGCUAAACUCACAGCUGUGUUUUCACCAGCAAGGAUGAGAUGUUCAGGGUCACAAAACUGUAGCUAGCUACUUCGUGGCAGUAAUAGUAUUAUUUUAGACCCUAUUAGAAUUAACCAAAAAAAUUGUUGAAAUAUUGAGGUAUAGCCUACAGAAAAUAUUCAAUUUUAGGAUAAGUUUGGUAUAGGUGUAAACAAAAGUGAUCAUUUUUCACUUUCAUUUAUAGUCCCAUACCCAUACCAAACAUGUUAUUCCAUUAAUCUGUCUUGUAUAUGCACUGUGUGGAGUCAAAAGUAGUGUAUGGUGUACUCAGUUUUGGUAAGCCCUGGCCAUGUUUUUUCUGGUGAUGGGAUAACAGUGUAGAGAUAUUUUUGCAAUGUAAGAAAUGGAUGUGUAUAUUAUCUCCUUCACUCAUUGUUUGGAUCUAGAGAGUUGGAAAGAGGGGGAAAAGGUCUAUGACCCACAUAGUUGAUUUAACCCAGCAUCCUAUUCAUAGUUAGGCUGCACCUAAUCCAACUACCAACGUGUAUUGUUAACCAUUAUAUGGAAGAGUAAUUUUAUGUCUUAUAAUAUUUUAAGUAUCUAUGUAUAAAUUUAUAAGAAUUUGUUUGAUUGUGGU